AUGGCUAAUUAAAGAGAAAGUAGCAAGAACUAAAAACACGAGGAGUUAAACCUUUCACAAGUCAACCCCAUCUAGCCAAAUAUCAAUCCCACUAGCCCUUCAGCUCAAGGCACUCAAGGGCAAUCCAAGGAUAAAACUAUAGGAUAAUAUAUUCUUGGAAAAUCCAUUGGUGAGGGAACGUUUGGUAAAGUAAAGCUUGGAACACAUAUAAUUACAAACGAAAAGGUAGCAGUUAAGAUUCUUGAAAAAAAUAAGAUCAUUGAUGUUGCCGAUGUUGAGAGAGUGUCAAGAGAGAUUCAUAUUCUGAAGAUAGUCAGACAUCCGAACGUUGUUUAAUUAUAUGAAAUUAUCGAAACAUAAAGAAAAUUAUAUCUUAUAAUGGAGUUCGCAUCUGGAGGAGAGUUAUUUGACUACAUUGUACAGCAUUAAAGAGUGAAAGAAAAGGAGGCAUGCAAAUUUUUCCAAUAAAUCAUAGCUGGAGUUGAGUACAUCUCUCGUUUGAAUGUUGUUCACAGAGAUUUAAAGCCUGAAAAUCUUCUUCUUGAUUAUGACAAGGGCAUCAAAUUAGUAGAUUUCGGUCUUAGUAAUACCUAUAAAAACGGAGAAUUAUUAAAAACUGCUUGUGGUUCGCCUUGCUAUGCAGCCCCUGAAAUGAUAGCAGGCAAGAAGUAUCAUGGUACAAAUGUAGACAUAUGGUCUUGCGGAGUCAUUUUGUUUGCUCUAGUUUGUGGAUACUUGCCUUUUGAGGAUCCAAACACUUCGAAUCUUUAUAAGAAAAUUCUAAGCGCCGAUUUUUCAGUCCCGAGGUUUGUAUCAAAUGAAGCCAAGGAUUUGAUAUCUUGCAUAUUGAAUACUGAUCCAGAAAAGAGAUAUAAAAUCGAAGACAUAAGGAAGCACCCUUGGUUUAAUCUUGUGAAAUGUGACGAGCAUUUCAGAGGUACAAUAGUAGGCAUUGACCCAGUACCGAUAGAUCCAGUGAUCUUGGAAAGCCUAGCUGAAUAUAAUAUUAAUGUUGACUAUGCUAGAAAAUGCCUAGAAGCAAAUAAGCAUAAUCACAUCACUGCUACAUAUUUCUUGCUACUAAAGAAGCACCUUAAGAACGGAGGAGAAAGUAUUGCAGAUCCUAGAUCCCCAAAGUACGAUCCAACUUACUUUAUGAAAAGACAGCCGAAUUUUAAGAAUCUUGUAGAUGCUAAAUAAGAUUAAAAACAAGAGAGGAUUGCUGAUGGAUUAGCUGACAUGGAGCGAUACACUACAGUCUAAAGGUAAAAAGCUCUUUUUGGAGAUCAAAACAGAUAAGGAAAAAGAAGAGCUGAAAGCUCAGGUGGAUAUUCAACUAUUCAAGAACCGAACGAAGUAAUAACUUCAAAUAAUAUUAGAGACCUUACAGCAAAUCAUGAAAGAUCACCCUCUAUAAGUCCUUCAACAAUCAGAGUGAGUAAUAACACUCAUCAUCAUUUGUAUGAAAAGCAGAAUAGCAGAGGUGGCCUAUCAAAUUCGAUGUUUUAUCAUAAUAUGAUGAUGCCUGAUUCGGUUACACCAAUUAGUAGUAAUAUGUAAACCUCAACUACGCCUGGAUUAGAGUUUUAAAUGCAAAAUUAUCAACGAUUUUAAACAAUGGAUUAGGAAGUCAAUAUAACCAACCAGCGAUACUAGACUAUUGAUUUGAAUAGAAACAACCAAUCUUAAACUAGAAGAAAUAGAUCAAGCUCGAAGAACGAUCCAUACUCUAAGCCACCAUUGUCAAAUCAAAUGCAAACACUCUAAAAUCAAUAUAAUAUGAUCCUUAGUGGAAACUAAAAUAUGAAUACUUCAAACAGACACCCCACAAUUAAUAUUGACAGUUCAUUCUAUCAUCCAUUCAAUAUCAUCAAGUAGAGCAACAAUCAACCCUCAAAUAAUACAAGAAAGAGAAAAACAGCAAAUUACUCAGUCAACUACUCUACAAAUAAUGACAAGUCUUAUCUUUUGAAUACUAAUGGUCUGGCAAAUUACAAUCAUGAGUUGAUGAAGCUUUAAAAUACUGCUUUGAUCAAUUAAAGUAUGCUAAGCAAUACAUCCACCCCUUUUGAAAUAUAAAAUGCUGUAAUCUCAAACAGAGACAAAGCUUAAAAACGAGAUGACUUCUAGACAUACUAACCAAUGUAAAAUGAUAUGGGAAUAUCUUAUCUAUCAAAAUCUUCACUCAAAAACUAAAAUACUUCCAACCUUUAGUAUUUAAUGAAUGCUACUCCUACUUAAUUGAUUGCUUAGGCAAUUAGCCCAAGCAUGUUCCCACGAGAGCCUAAGAUGAAUCAAUAGAAAUAACUUAUUAGUUCUGCUGUAAGAAGCAGACGCUAUAAGAAAGAAAACUCAUCUACUUCGAAGCAUGAAUCACCAAAGGCUCUAUAUACACGAAAUUUGUUGAAUGUUUACAAAGGAACAGCUCAGAGAAAACCUAAUAAUAGUAAUAUUUAGGGCAACCAGAAUAAUAAUCAUAUGGUCCAAGUAAUGUCAGGCGAAUCAAUAACUGCUAGCAUGGAUCAAAGACAAAUUAAUAAAACUAGUCUCAACCCAAACGGCUUAAUCGACUAGUCUAACUUAUAUUUAAAUCCAGCCCAAGCUGCUUAUAUUCUAAAUAACUACACUCCUUAGAGCCAGAUUAAAAACAAUAGUAUGAUCAAUUACAAUAAAACAUAGCAACUAGACUUUGUAACAAAACUAUAAGAACAGCAAUAACAGCAACAGCAGAUUGCUUCAAAUUUGAGUGCUGUAUCUACUUAGUAAAGAAGCUCAUCUUAGAAAAAGGGUAUGUACACCACAAAUGACAACACUACACCCAGCAGCAACAUGAAUGUUAUUGAGAAGAAUCCGAUGAAUAUAACUAUAUACAACAAAGACUUCCAGAUUUACUGGAACGGGCAGCAGAUGUUUUAAACACCUAAGGAUCCUUCGAUAAUAGACCCAUCCAUUUAAAAUAUUUAUAGCAAUGGUGGAAAGGGAUUUUCCCAAAAAAUACAAUGA